AUGGGGCAGGAGGGGUCAGAAGAUGGGGAGGGGUCGCCAUUGCAGGAGCAGGUGCAGGAGCAAGUGAGGGAUGGCCGGGCCCUGGCGGCCCUGGGAUGGUGGGAGCUGCUCCGGGGCCUGCUGGUGUUCGCCCUCUGCUCCCACCCCCGGCUGCAGCAGGACCCUGAGGCGUUUGCGGUCGGCCGGAGCCCGGCGGCCGUGCAGGAGCUGGCCCAGCGGCUCCGGGCUCGUGGCCUGCGCCCUUUGCUGGCCCUGCCCAUCGAGGGUGAGGGACCCGACGGCGAGGGCGAGGCCUGGUUUGAGCAGAACUGUGGGGCAGCCCUGGAGUGUGUGGGGCUGGCGGCCGCCUCGGGCCCCGAGCCCGCCAUGCAGCUGAAGGUGACGGCGCUGCUGAGCCAGCAGCUCUGCGAGAAAAUAUCACUCCGAUUGGCCGAGCCGGAAGGGGCGGGGCUUAACCCAGAAGAAGUGGCGGCCAUGUUGGGAGGCCAGGUGCCGGAGCUCACCUGGCUCAGCCCGGCCGAGAACGAACACCUGGGGAGGGGCCUGAGGAGGCUGGAGCGGGUGGCACAGGCCGCCGUGGCCCGGGCCGUGCAGGUGCUGGUGGACGCCGAGAUGUCUCACCUGAACCCCGCCCUCACCUGCCUCACCUGCGGGCUGAUGUGGAGGCACAACCGGGACGGGCCCCGCCCCCACAUCUGGAACACCUGGCAGGCCUACCUGAGGGCCGCCGUGGCCCGGGCCGUGCAGGUGCUGGUGGACGCCGAGAUGUCUCACCUGAACCCCGCCCUCACCUGCCUCACCUGCGGGCUGAUGUGGAGGCACAACCGGGACGGGCCCCGCCCCCACAUCUGGAACACCUGGCAGGCCUACCUGAGGGAGACCGAGGCUCACCUGGGGGAGACCGAGGCUCACCUGGGCGCUCACCUGGCGCAGGUGGGCGGGGCCGGGCUCACCUGCGGGGUGAAGUUGGUGCGCGGCGCGUACCUGGAGCAGGAGCGGGGCCGGGCCCGCGCCCAGGGCCGCCCCUCCCCCACCUGGGACUCACCUGAGGAGACCUCGGCCAG